CCAUUUAAUCUCAUGCAUAAAGUAUUUUUCUUAAAGAAAAAGUGGUGCAACAGAAAAUAUGCAUAGAUUAAAAUAAGCAUAUGAUAGGAGCAUGGAAAAUUUGAUUAGCUUAAGAAAUACUUGUCUUGAAACACAAUUUGUAAGGUUUAGAUAGAAAGUUUAAAGCAACUUGCAAAUCGCAGCCACAACAAAUAAUUCCAUUUAAUUAACUUGACAUUUAUGAUUUAUAAUGCAGCAACUUGCCCCAAUUAGUGAUAUAAACCAGAACGAGAAAAAGAAAAAAAAGAAAACAAACAGACCAGGCGUCAAAAUCUUUACAUAAUUAAGGCAAAACUUGAAAGUGAAUUAUAAAACAAACACUACCAAUAUUCUUGGUCAAUCAUAUUAUUACAAUCACCUCAAAGCUUGCCGCUUCAAUCCAAAAUUUUGUCUGACAACAAUUUUCUUCAUUCUCUCUUUCUUAGGCAAUUCUUUUUGUCAAUCUUUCUUUCUUGGGAUUUAUCAAUGUUUCUCUCUAUCUUUUCAAGUAAAGGCCAAGAAUGUAGAACUCAAAUCUUUUGCAUAUAAUUCUUGAUGCAUAAUAACUUGUAAAAGUAGUAAUAAUUUGCAUUUUAUUGAUUAAAUUUUCUCUUUUGCAUUUUUUUUUUUUUUUUCUGUUGAUGAGAAGUUUUGGGGGGUUAAGAUGAGCCUUGAGAAGAAGGCAAGAAAAGAAGAAUCCAUGCAAAAAAGGGUGCAGCUAUGGAUGAUAUACCUGGCUCAGUAGGGACCAGUGCCAGCUUCUCUUUGAGAUUAGGACAGACCAUCUUCUCUUCUGCUUCUCUCUUUUUCAUGUCUAUUGGUGUCCAGUUCUACAGCUACACUGCCUUCUGCUACUUGGUCACAAUCAUGGGUUUGGCAAUUCCAUGGAGUUUUACGCUGGCUAUAGUUGAUGGAUACUCUGUUUUGGUAAAAUGCCCUAUCCGACAGCAAGGAAUACUGCUGAUUAUUAUCGUAGGAGAUUGGGUUUUAUCACUUCUUAUCCUAGCAGCAGCUUGCUCAACAGCUAGUGUUGUCGAUCUUUUGCUUCAUUCAGAUGGAACGUAUUGCCCUCCCAGAGUUUGUAGUAGGUAUCAAAUAUCUGCUGCUAUGGCAUUCCUGACUUGGUUUCUAUCCAUGGCUUCAUCUCUUUUCAAUCUUUGGUUACUGCCCUCCUUGUAAAAUUUCUUACUUUUUUUCUUUUUUUUAAUCUAUUUCCUGGCUGUAACCCUUUGCCACAAAUAUAUAUAUUUUUCCCUCAAAGAUCGUUUAUGGCUCUUCUAAA